AUGAUGAGUUACGCCGCCGGUGUACUUUUACUCGUCGUACUCUCGAUCGCGUCUAUCUCCGAUGGUCGGAAUAUAAUUAAACUGCCAUCGGAAGCUCUUGAAAUUUCCGGUGCCGAUGAAGAUUCUAUAGGGACCAGAUGGGCUGUCCUGCUUGCUGGGUCCAGUGGCUACUGGAAUUACCGGCACCAGGCUGAUGUAUGUCAUGCAUAUCAACUCCUCAAAAAAGGUGGUCUCAAAGAGGAAAAUAUUGUAGUCUUCAUGUAUGAUGACAUUGCUUAUGAUACCGAGAAUCCUAGGCCUGGAGUCCUUAUUAACAACCCUCAUGGUGCGGAUGUUUAUAAAGGAGUCCCAAAGGAUUAUGUUGGAGAUGAUGUUACUGUUAAUAACUUUUUGGCUGUAAUCCUCGGGAAUAGAACUGCACUCACUGGAGGUAGUGGAAAGGUUGUGGAUAGUGGUCCAGAUGAUCAUAUUUUCAUAUUCUAUUCCGAUCAUGGUUCUCCUGGGGUACUAGGGAUGCCUACCCGUCCUUACCUCUAUGCAGAUGACCUGAUAGAUGCUUUGAAAAAGAAGCACGCGUCUGGGACAUAUAAACACUUGGUAUUUUACCUUGAAGCUUGUGAAUCUGGAAGUGUCUUUGAGGGUCUUCUUCCUGAAGGCAUGAAUAUAUAUGCAACCACUGCAUCCAACGCAGAAGAGAGCAGUUGGGCAACCUAUUGCCCGGGAGACGAUCUUAGUCCUCCACCCGAAUACGAAACCUGCUUGGGUGACUUGUAUAGUGUUGCCUGGAUGGAGGACAGUGAUAUACACAAUCUGCGGACUGAAACUUUGAAGCAACAAUACCAACUGGUUAAAAAGAGAACUUCAAACGAUAAUUCUUAUUACGGAUCCCAUGUCAUGCAAUAUGGUGAUCUAGAGCUAAGCUUGGAGCAACUUUUCCUGUAUAUGGGUUCAAAUCCUGCAAAUGAUAAUUUUACCUUUGUGGAUGACAAUUCCCUGCGGCCAUCUUCAAAAGCCAUUAACCAGAGAGAUGCUGAUCUUUUGCAUUUCUGGGAUAAGUUCCUCAAGGCUCCUGAAGGCUCUGCUAGGAAAUUUGAAGCUCAAAAGCAGCUUGCCGAAGCUAUGGCACACAGAACACACGUUGACAGCAGUAUGAAACUUAUUGGAAAACUUCUGUUCGGAAUCGAGAAAGGUCCUGAAGUAUUGAAGACCAUUCGGCCUGCUGGAAAGCCUCUUGUUGAUGACUGGAGCUGCCUUAAAUCCCUGGUCAGAACAUUUGAGCAGCAUUGUGGAUCACUGUCCCAAUACGGAAUAAAACAUACGCGUGCCAUUGCUAACAUCUGCAAUGCCGGCAUUGGGAGGGACCAGAUGGCUGAGGCAGCAGCACAAGCUUGUGUCAGCUUCCCUUCUAAUUCUUGGAGCUCUCUCCACAGGGGCUUUAAUCCAAAUAGGAAAGAAGCAACAGCGAUUGCGCAUCCGGCAGCGAACUAUGACGAGGCUAAACUGGCUGAGGAAUCCGGUGCCGGCGCCGGCGACUCGAUGGCGACUGAGCUUCCUACAAGAGCAGAAACUGUCACCGCCACCAAUAACAAUGCGACGAGUGAAGAUCUAGAUCCUCCUCCUCCGUCGGGCGAAGUAGCAAACGGGAACGACCGAAGCUUGAAGUCUUCUCCUUCAACCAGUCAGCAGUUAGCAGAACCAGGCAGAGGCUUCAGCAUUCGGUUUCAAACCUAA